CAAUGGCGCGAAGGGUCAACCCCGAAGAAAUAGGAGUCAACUUUCUCCAUAAAUUCUUUUGUUUUCCCUUUUAUCCUUUCUCGACAACCGAAAUCGACAUUGACAUAUCACCAUCCUCCAUAGCUCCAACUCAGAGGCACGACGAGUUUCGUGGGUUUGCUUCACCGAGCCCUUGUUGCAUCCUGUUCAAAUUAAGUCAAGUAAAGGUAGAUUCUGCUAGACAUCACUGGUUCAUGGGUGGUCACAGGAGACACGUAAAUUCCAAACCCGCGAGGGAAAUCUUCCUAACAUCAUCGUCUCUGUCCUUUUCUACACUGUCUUCCACACGUGCGUCAUGGGACGACGCAGUAGAGCUAAACACCAAAGAAUCCACAACAUCCUCUGAAACGUCGGGUGUGACUCAUGUCAGGUUGCAACCUGCUCCAUCUCCGCCCUCGAGGUUACCAGUACAGCUGAUGAACAAAGGUAUUGUAGGGCCGCAUCAAGAUCCUGAUAGAAUCCCAGCUUCCGUGUUCGGCAAGACUGGGGAUCUGAAUUGGAGUGAGGUCUCUAAUGAGUCUUUGUUUAGUCUGAGAUUGUCCAACUAUCAAGCAUUUCGUCAGAGCAAUAUAAACCCGGAAGAAGUUUUGAUGUCUGGUGAGAACAUAGCAUCCUCUCCGACUCUAUUAGUCAAGCCUGAUCAGGAUGCACAAGAGAAGAGAUCUGAAGUGAAAGAGACAAAGAGCGGAGUAACAUCGGUCGAGGCUAACGGUCAUCAAGAGAAGUCGUCAUUAGCAACUAAUCAAGUUGUCUCAUGGAGUAGUAACCCCAGCAGUUUUUACCAGUUAUAUCAAGCGCCGCCGACAAAUGUUCAGUCUUUAUCCAUCCCUGUCGCCGAGAAAAAGAGCAAGAAGAGAAGCAAGACAAUUAGAAAGAGCAAGACGACGAAGAAGAAGGAGAAGAAGACGAAGAAGAAGAAGAAGAAGAAGAAGAAGAAGAACAAGUGUUGCAUAUGGUCUUGGUUGGUUUCAAGCUUUUCAAAGUGGGAGUGUAACUUGUGCUGCUACAAAUGGAGAAAGCGUGGCUGCUGCUGCAGAGAGCCAAAAGCGAUGGUUUUG